GUGACGCUGCCUCUCUUUGUUGGCUUAGCAGCGGCGACGUUUUGUUGUUAUUUUCGCUGCAGCCGAAAAACAGCCUCGGAUAAUUUGGGUUUUCGUGCUGUUCCGCAAUCUACAUCUGGCGUUCUCGACCUGACGGUGUGCUCGUCGUGAGGCGGUAAACACCCUAGGAAUGGACUCAGACGAGGGCUAUAACUAUGAAUACGACGACGAAGACGAAUGCAGCGAGGACAGCGGCGAAGAGGAGCCCGAGGACGACACCCUGGAGCUCGGUGAUGUGGAGUUGGUCGAUCCCGUGGUGGCCGGCGGGGAGCGAGACGAUGGCGGCGAGACUGGCGUAGGGGGCCACGGUCCUGGAGAGGAAGAGGACGAGGACUACCGCUUCGAGGUUUUGACUGCCGAGCAGAUCCUCCAGCAUAUGGUGGAGUGUAUCAGGGAGGUCAACGAGGUCAUCCAGAAUCCUGCAACAAUAACACGCAUUCUCCUCAGCCACUUCAACUGGGAUAAAGAAAAGCUCAUGGAAAGAUACUUUGAUGGUAAUCUCGACAAGCUUUUCUCCGAGUGUCAUGUCAUCAACCCCAGCAAGAAGCCUCGGAUCCGUCCUCCAAUCAACACUAGAUCAUCGGCGCAGGACAUGCCUUGCCAGAUCUGCUACCUAAAUUUCCCCAACUCGUACUUCACAGGCCUGGAGUGUGGACACAAGUUCUGCAUGCAGUGCUGGGGAGAUUAUUUGACUACCAAAAUCAUAGAAGAAGGAAUGGGACAGACCAUUUCUUGCCCAGCUCAUAGUUGUGACAUUUUGGUCGAUGACAACACAGUCAUGCGCCUGAUAACAGAUUCAAAAGUAAAGUUGAAGUACCAGCAUUUAAUCACAAAUAGUUUUGUAGAGUGCAAUCGACUGUUAAAGUGGUGCCCCGCUCCAGACUGCCACCAUGUUGUCAAAGUCCAGUAUCCAGAUGCCAAGCCAGUGAGAUGCAAGUGUGGCCGUCAGUUCUGUUUCAACUGUGGAGAGAACUGGCAUGAUCCCGUGAAGUGUAAGUGGCUGAGAAAAUGGAUUAAGAAAUGCGACGAUGACAGCGAAACCUCCAACUGGAUUGCAGCAAACACCAAGGAGUGUCCAAAAUGCCACGUGACCAUUGAGAAGGACGGCGGCUGCAACCACAUGGUUUGUCGCAACCAGAACUGCAAAGCUGAGUUCUGCUGGGUCUGCCUGGGCCCAUGGGAACCUCAUGGCUCUGCCUGGUACAACUGUAACCGCUAUAAUGAAGAUGACGCCAAGGCAGCCAGAGACGCGCAAGAGCGCUCCAGGGCAGCCUUGCAGAGGUACCUGUUCUACUGCAACCGCUACAUGAACCACAUGCAGAGUCUGCGCUUUGAGCACAAGCUCUAUGCUCAGGUUAAGCAGAAGAUGGAGGAGAUGCAGCAGCACAACAUGUCUUGGAUCGAGGUGCAGUUCCUGAAGAAGGCUGUAGAUGUGCUCUGCCAGUGCCGCUCCACACUCAUGUUCACUUACGUCUUUGCCUUCUACCUCAAGAAGAACAACCAGUCCAUUAUUUUUGAGAACAACCAGGCAGAUCUGGAAAAUGCCACUGAGGUGCUCUCUGGCUACUUAGAGCGGGACAUCUCCCAGGAUUCCUUGCAGGACAUCAAGCAGAAAGUUCAAGACAAGUACAGAUACUGUGAGAGCAGGCGAAGAGUGCUGCUGCAGCACGUACAUGAAGGCUAUGAGAAGGACCUGUGGGAGUACAUCGAGGAUUGAGGACACGUCCCAGUGCAACGGACUAUUGAGUAUCUUGACAAACUAGAGCGCUGAUGCAAUUAAACAGGGCAGCACGGGCCUUCUGCCGCCUUUUCCUUUGGCAACCAACCACUUUUGCGUCAUUUCUUUCUCCCCCUGGAUUUCUUUAACAAACAAAAAAAAAAUCUUAAAAUUAAUUAUAUUUAAAGAAAGUGUAGAGUAAUACAAAGAAAGUGUACUACAGUAUUGUUAGCAACAGAGUGGAGUCUCCAGAAAGCAGAAAAAUCCAUCAUAAACAAAUUCAUCCUUUUGGCCUGUAUUGUAACCCUCCUAUUUUUUUUUUCUUGUUGUUUUUGUGAAUCUUUUCUGUUUUUGAAUUUUUAUUUUUUGACUUUUGUUGUUUUGUUUUUUUUUGUUUGUUUUUUCCAUCCAUAAGUGUGAAAAAAGUUAUCAACACAGCUUUAAUUGUCCUGGCCAUGUCUGCAAUAUUUGGUGAAAUCCCUGUCUGGGUGGCUGAAUAUUGACGGGCUGAUUGCAAAGGAGAGCAAAGACAUUUCAGGCGGGGGGGAAAAAAGAAGAAGAAGAAGAAGAAAAGGAGGAGGAGGAGGAAGAAAAAAAAACUUAAAAAGAACAAAAAACAGCAAGUCUGUAUUUUUUCAAUUUGUAAAUAGUCCAUAUGCAUGGAAGUUAAAGAGCAAGAGUGGCACGUGUUUGCAUAAUUUUUUGAGUAUUUAUUCUUUACCGAUCUUGAAAGAGAUGUACGUUUGCCAUUUAGGUUGGGUCCGUUCACUCCUCCCAUAAAAACGGUGGCGGUUCGGAGGCAUCCCGUCGUCACCGGUCUGCUCAGAUCACUGGACGAAAGUUCCCCCUUAUCAGUUUAGUCUGAACAGGAACUCCAAGAAAUGUUCUUAGGUGAUCGGAUGAAUGACUCGGUGAAAGCACACGGUCAAGGUAAAAAAAAAAAAAAAAAAGAAACAGAAAAAAACA